GUACUUAAGCGCACCUCAGACGCUGCGGUCGGCGUUUCGGAAAUGUCGUCAGUUGUUGUCGCCUUCACUUUUCAGUGUUGUUUUCCUUAUUUCACUUUUUUUUCCUGAUACGCGCACACCUUUCGCCUUUAGCCCCGUACUAAAUGAGCGCACGCUUUAGUACACAUUCGAACUGAACGCGAAAUUUGGCAGUGAAAUAGCCAAAGAAAUCGUAAGAAAUAUCCAUUUCUAUUUCGCGCGACGCGACGCUUAUCACAGCGCACAAUUUGUUAUGUUCUAAUAAGAUAACAAGCUCUAUACGACAUUUAACUCAAUUUUUGCCUUGAGCUAAAUAUGAUUUUUAUUACUUUGGUGUUACAAAUGUUGAGAUUUUAGCACAACGUUUAAGGAUUACACGCAACGAACCAAACCGAUUCUUAACGAACCACAGAUAUCGUUUUCGCUUAUCGAAAAUACAACAAAAGUCUGUACCGAAUGCUGCCGCCGAAUUGCACAAAAAUUCAAUACACUUGCGAUAAGGUAAAUGGAAAUAAAUGGUGCUAUAUAUGCUCCAGUUGCAUUCAAUGAGGAGAGCCUGAAGAAUCAGAAACGAACCGAUGUGAUACUUGGAGACUAAGCAUUGCAACAACGAUACAAAAUAAAUACAUUAUAUAUAUAGUGUAGAAGACAAAAGGAAGAACUGCAUAGCAAUCUAACAAGAAAAUAUACAAAAUAAAAAUAGUAAUUAAAUAAUUCGCUACAAGACUUGCCACAUUCAACAUGGAACACUUGGAUCUGGCGGGCUACAUUAGCACGCCCCUUAAUUGGAAUUUGGGCGGAUUCGAACAGCAAGAUGGCAUUUACUUGUCCAGCUCGCGACAAAUGCUGGAGCCCAUCAUGGAGGAGACCUCCGAGGAUGAGGAGCACGCUCAGAACAGUUGGAAUGGCUACGACCAGCGCAACAGCAGCAGCUGCGGCGGCUUCUGGAGUUCCGCGGAGUCCGAGACGGGCUCGGUGAUAAGAGUCGAAAUUACCAAGGAUAUCGACGCAAUGUCGGAACGCGACUUUGCCUGCCCGCCCAAGCGAGCGCGCCGCUCCCUGGAGGAGCUGCAGCAACAGCCACAGCCACAGUCGCAGUCGCAGUCACAGCAGCCGCACAGUUUAGAGGAUGUGGUGCAGCUGCGUCGUCCGCCGCCGCCGCGCUACGACGCCGAGGCGCACAACAGUCUGGAGCGCUUCCUGGCGCUGGAGGCCAGCGCCCGGGACAGCUACGGCAGUCAGGGUCAGCGCAACAGCACGGGAAGCUGUCGGCGCGGCGGAAACUUUGAGGAUUUCUACUCGGACAACGAUUCGUAUAACUCGCUGUCGCGCAGCUCCUCGCUGGUGCAGUUCGAGUCGCUGGAGCGACAGAUGACGCUGCAGGAGCAGCACCAGAGCAUGAACAGUCUGGGCAACAGUUCGCCCUCGCUGCUCAGCUGCGAUACGUUGGCCAGCAGCAGCGGAGGCAGCGGCAGCGGCAGCGGCGGCACCAACGGCAGUCACAGCAAUCCGGACAGUCGUCGCGGAUCGGCCACAUCCCUGCUGAAGCGCUACGAGUCGAGCGAUGGCCGUCUGCAUCAGACGUAUUUUGAGCUGAACAAACUGGAUUUGGAGGAGCAGCAGCGUGAACUGUUUGGUGCCUGCAAGAGUUUGCAUCAAGCUGAGCUGAAAUCCGACUCGGAGUCCAGCACAAGCUCGAGCUCGUCCAGCAGCGAUAGCAGCGGUCACAGCAUGCUCAGCGCCUGUCCAGGCAAACAUGCAGAUGCGGCCGGUGCUCGACGUUUGCCCCUUAAUUCGGCGGAGAAUUUGUCUGAGGAUUCGGGCUACUGUGAGCCGAGCACAUUGCGGCGCAGCAAGAGCAAGAGCAUACCAAAGAAUUUCGACAAGCUCUGCGAGGAGGAGGAGGAGCUGCUGCUGGAGCAUGAGGCAGCCACAGGGCAGGCAGCAGCAGCGGCGGCGGUAGCAGCAGCAGCAGCAGCAGCAGCAGCAGCAGCAGGGGCACAUUCCAAAAACUCCAAUGAUUUGUGUCAGACAAAAAUAGAGCAGCAGACAAACGAGAUACAGUCGGCAUCCACAUCAUCUCUUGGCUCUCCGACAUUGUCUAUAAAUAGCAGCGAGAGAGACACACACUCGCCAUCGCCCAGCGGAUCAGCGACGUCGUCGUCGUCGCCAUCGUCUUCAACAUCGUCCGCCGCCUCGUUCACUUGGCUGCGCAACAGUUUGCCCGAUAUACGCGAGCCGCGAGGUUCGUCGCCCAAAUUUCCAACGGACAACAACAGCUACGUGCUGGCCAACAACAAGAGCAACAACAGCAGCAGCAGCAGCAGCAGCACCAGCGGCUCCUCCUCUUCCUCUUCAUCCUCCUCGCCAGUGUUGGUGCGUACAGCUUCAGGCGGCAGCGUGCCCAACGAGCUGCAGCAGCUGGGCAGACGUCGACGCGCACGUCGCCAGCAACAGACACAGCCACAGCAGCAGCAGCAGAGGAAUUGCCAUAGCAGUGACGGGCACAGCUCUAGCGAGGAUUUGGAUAAUUUCGAUUGCAGCAGCUUGCCGCGCAUACGACGCAGCUGCAGCUGGAACGAACGUUGCGGCUUUGGUGGCGCAGCGGGAGCAGGAGCAGGUGCAGGAGCUGGAGCAGGAGCCGGUGCUGGCUAUCUGAAUGCGAGCUAUCAGAAUUUAACGCUACUCGACUACACGGAUCCCAGUGAGAAUUGCAAGCGCAGCUCUUUGGAUAUGGAGAAACGUAAGCGCAUUGUUUCUGGCGAGGAUUACGACCAGCUCAUCUGCAAGGGCAAUUUUCUGCUGGACGAGCUGAGUCAGAUCUAUGAUAAAAACGCGUCCAUCUUGAAUGACAAAACAGCCGAGCAGGAGGAGCAGGAUGUGAUGGAUGCACCGCCGCAAGUGCAACAUGUCCAAUUGACCAUAAGGAAGCCGCCGGCACGUCAAAAGCGGCACACAGUGGAGCAGGCUCCGAGUCCAGUGGAAGCAACGCCUCCUGCCGCAGCAGCAGCCACAUCAGCAGUAUCACCUGCGCUGCCCGCUGCCGCCGUCAUCAGUUUCAGCAGCUUCGGCAAGACCUUCGACCAGGAUCCCACUAACUUGCGCACCUCCUACGCCCAGUCGCUGGAGCAAUGCAAUUUCGAGCUGCCCACUGCCAAGGUGCAAAGAGCUCCGACGACGCCAACGCGAGCGCUGCCCAAGCGACGCUUCCAGAGCACAACGGCCAAGCAGCGCAGUCUGGUCAGCAGCACGCCCAAUCUGUCGGCCUACGAUGGCGGCCAGGAGACGGAGGAUGAUAUAUAUGUGAGCAGUGCGCACAAUUCAAUGCAUCAGCUGCCGCAGACACCGACGCAGCCGAAGCCACUGGGCAUACUCCUGCCGGCUGGCUCACGUAAUUCGUUUAGCAAGGAGGUGAGUUUCUGUCCCGUGGUGAGUAAGUAUUGCUGGCAGGAGCAGUCGUCAGAGGAGCCGCAGGAGGAGCACGAGCAGACGAGCAGCGAUGAGGAGCACGAUAUUGCCGACGAUGAGGAGGAGCUGUUGGAUAACGAUGCCACUGUUAUAUUUAACACCAAAGAGAACGAAAACAUAGCAGCGCGCUACAACGCAGAGCAACAGCUAAGAGCGGCGCAGCCAGCGCAAGAGCAAACACCGCAAAGAGCGCCAGAGAGCGCAAACCAUGAGAGGGAGAGUGAGCGUGAGCGUAAGAGUGAGCACAAUCAUGAGCAUGAGAGCAUGAUCGAUGACCAAAACACUGAGAGCGAUGAAAACAAUGAAAACAUCGCCGGCACUGUGGAAACGAAACAGCAAACAUCGCCGCAGCCCGUUUCAAGCGGCGCUGCUGUGCCAGCUGCGUCCGCUGCUGUCAGUCUUGAAACGCGCGUCGACGCGAGCUCAUCGUGCGCGAUCGUUAAUACAGUUACGGCAGUUACGACAGUCACUUCAGUUACGCCUGUUACGCCUGUGCCGCCCUUACAUACACGCCCCUUAAGCCUGCAUUUGCCCAUCCUAAGUGAACCGCCCACAAAUCGCGCCCACCAAAUACUCUACGCCUCGCAGCAGAUGCUGCAGCGCUACGACAGCGACGACGAUCCCAACAUGUCCAAGCCUCUGCCGGCCGCGACGCCAGCGCAUAUUGUCAGCGCCAACAACAACGAGUCGCCGCCCUCGAAGCACGCACAGCGCGCCAACAAAACGGACGAGAAACAUCCCAGCUCAAAGAGUUUCCUAUCGCGUUUCGCUCACGGUCUGCGCUUCUCGCUGCGCCGCAAGAAGAAGCAGCAACAACAACAGUCACAGCAGCUGCAACAGCAGCAACAGCAGCCGCAGCCACAGCUGCAACAACAGCCGCAGCCAAUAGGCAAGCAGAGCUCAAAGCCAGUGCCCCAAAGCAAUGGCAAAAGCCAGGAUAUUAUUCACAUACCGUUGAAGCCGCCGCGCAGCACUCUGCUGGAUGAGAGCAGCGUUUCUCAGGCGAGCACGGCCAGCAUUCACAGUCGUCAGACAACGACGACCGCGUCAGCUGAGCUGGAGCAGCCAAAGACAUCGACACUGCAGAAGCUGGUGACGGGCAAACCCCCGUUGCCCAAGUUGCCACCACGGCAAACGCAUGCGCCGUAUAGUGUGGCCAGUGGUGCCAAUGGCGCCAACAGUGCUGCCCAUGCCAGCGAUGCUCUAUUGGCCGCCGAACGGGCGCAAUAUGCGGCAUUCGCCAAACAGUUGACAGCGGGCCAGCGACACGAACUGUCGCUAACCGGAACGGAUACGGCUAUGGAUACGGCACGUGCAACCGAAUCGCCAUCGCGCGCCUCUGUGGCACAAAAGACGCAAAUGUUCAAUCAGCUGGGCGCCGGCGGCAUACAGUCGCGUCCAUUGACCAUGGUCACCGCCGUGCCGGUGGCCGUGUCGCCCCUGCCCAUGGAGGAUGACAGCGAUGCUGUUGCCGGCAAAAUGGGCCUCAUCGAAACGAAUCUGGACACACACGAAACGGUGAUAACGGGCAAAACGCGCUCCCUGAUGGACAUCACGAGCAAUCCGCUGCACAAACGGUAUUUGGUGAAGCGUUUGAAUGUCACCAGCGCUGUCUAUGAUGGCCACCAUGAUGACGAUGAUGAUAAUGAUGGCCAUCUGGAUGGUAACAAUCAGCGGAUUAAGCCAUCAGCACAGUCCAACGGCGUGCAAAUCGCUUCAGUGCGUCGGCCACACAAAAGCAUGGAAUUUCUUCUGGACAAAGAGAAUCAAAAGAAUGUUUUGCCACCUGAGAAUGAGCUACAGAAAUCACAUGAUCAUAAUCCGGCCGCACUGAGCGAGCAUCAGCUGCGUGUGCAGGCAUCGCUACAGCGCCUGAAUAUACCCGACUGGUUCCGACAAUACAAUCAAAAUGCAGCCAGGUCGCCGGAUGGCGCCGGCGCUGGGGCCUCCACUGGCGGCUAUAAGCCGGGCAACUUUACGCGUAAGCGCACACAGGAUUCGGGUCGCUGGCAGGGGCUGAACUCGAAGACGACUUCGCUCAGUUCGCUGGGCUCGCAGCGCUCUGAUCGUAGUCCCCUGCUGUUGAGUCCCUCGGCGCACAGUCACCAUGGCGGCCAGACGAGCAGUGUCAGCGGCUCGACGUCGGCCCAUCAGGGCCAUGGCCAAGGUGUUGGCGCCACGCGCUGGUCCACCUCGCAUCUGAACUCCACACAGACAUCGCCGAGCGUAUCGCAGCGCGGCAGCUUUGCCCGCGGCGCGCCCAUCAACAGCAGCUUCAUGUCGGUGGCCAGCGGCGGCAGCGCCGGUGGUGUCCUUAGGAACUCCUAUCGUCAGCCCUAUUUGGGCUGGCGCAGCACAGAGAAGCUGUCGCAGCGCACGCCCCACGAACGCUUGGCCAACUCGCUGUUAGCGCAACGCACAUCACCCACAACGGCCACGGCCACGAAUGGUUUGCGUACGCUGCAGCCAGUGACGCCGGAGAUACAGAGCUCGAUCAAGGAGGUCACCUCGGCCAUUGUGCACUAUGUGAACGAUCAGACGCAGGCGCAACAGCUGCAGCAGCAGCGCAGCCGUUCGGCGAGUCCCAAUUCGAGAAAGUGCUGGCUGGAGAGCAGCUUCGUUGGCACACGUCCGCUGGACUCACCGCAAACGCCCGUCAUUGACAGCAGCAGCAGCCCGCCCGCAACCCAACAGCAGCAGCAGCAGCAGCAGCAGUACCAGCAGCAUCAACAUCUCCAUCCGCUCCACUUGGAUGCCACAGCGGUGGCUGCCAUUGGACAGCCGCCACUACGCAUGAACGGACUUAGCCGAGUCGGCGGCGGUGGCGCGCCUGAACGCUCGUUGAGCAGCGCAUCGCUAGAAGAUGUCUUAGCCUCACUUUUAGGACUGCCAACUACCUCCUCCUCCAACAGCCAGAACACCAACAGCAACCACAACCACAACAACAACAGCAACAACAGAAACCAAGCGACAGCGGCGACCAUUGCAGGGUCCUCGACGACAGCUACAGAUACAGCUAGUCGUGGUCAGCAGCUGGAGGUACUAACGGCCGCGGAGCAGCAGCUGCUGCGCCGUCGCAGCGAGGGUGACGCGCCCACCCAAAAGCAGAAGUCCCAAAACCAAAGCCAGACACAAGCACACCAAACACACCGUCAAUCCCAAUCUCAAUCCCAAUCCGAGUCCCAGUCCCAGUCCCAGUUCCAGUCACUGAAACAGGGCCAAGGCCAAGGCAAUGCCAGCAAUCGGCGCGUAUCGCUGGGCGACUCCAACACCCACGCCCACGCGUCGGACAAAGCCAACAGCAGCAGCGGCAGCGCCGGCGGCAACAUCAACAAUGGCGGCGCCAUCUUUGGCGCUGCCAGCGACCAGCUGCAGAUCAGGUGCCGCAACACCAAGUGCGAUGCCAGCGCCACGCCCGCCGAUGCCAAGAAGCUGUACAAGUCAUGCCACAAUUGUACCCAUCUAUAUUGUUCACGUGAGUGUCGGCGCGCCCACUGGGAGAAGCAUCGGAAGGCGUGCCUGCACUCGCGCGCCUCCAACCUGUGCCGGCAGGUGUUAGCCACGUGCAAGGACGACGUCGACUCGCAGCGCCAUCUCAGUCUGCUCGCCCGCAAGGGCAGCAUCUCGCAGGGAAGGGGCGUGGUGCGUGUCCUCUUCCGCAGCGCCGAGGCGGCCGAGGGCUUCAUUAAGCACGGAUUUCAGUGCAUGGGCGAGGCAUCCUAUGUCCGUUGGCCAGAUCUGAUGCCAGCCGAAAUGGGCCUGGAGCUGUACUCAGAACUGCUGAAGCUCAGCACCGAAUACAAGCCCGAGUCCAAGAUGCUGAUCUACGUGGCCAUUUGCGUGGUCUCCGAGGCACCGGGCAUGGGCCAGGCCCCCGUGCGCUGGGAGCGCCAGCUCGUCUCCCGUUGCGCCAAACUGAAGCUGUGCAAGAACGUGCUGGCCGAACUGGAGCUGCAGCAGCAGGCGCUGCAGCAGCCGCUCGCCGUCAUGGCCGUGCCGGAGCGCACCGAGAUCCUCAUACUCACCUUCAAUCCGGGCCUGCGCACCGUGCCCGGCAAUCGGGAGCUAAUACUGUCCAACAUCCUAGAUAUUCUGUCGCGUCGCGGCGUGCUGCUGCGCAAGCACUAUCCGGAGAUCUAUCAGCGCCUGCAGACCUACACGGAGGGCCAGACGGACAAGUUCAAUCCGGUGACGCUGCAUCCGCGCGACUCGCAGACCGGCCAGAGCUUCGUGUGCAUCAUUAUGCCCGUGCACACGGACAGCGAGUUCAUCAAGCUGCCAUCGGCGGCGGAUGGUGGUGGCAAUCGGGUGACGACCAUCGAUGUCGGCUCACCGGCCGCCCUCGCCCAGUUGGACGAUGAUGAGCUGCUGACGCGCACCACUCCAGCGAGUUGAUUGCAGGCGACCAGCAACCGCAGCAGCAGCAGCAACAACAGCCGACAGAGGCGCAGCGGCAGCGGUGGCAGCAGCGGCAGUGCCACGCCUCCGCACAACAUGCACGCCUACGGCGAUGCUCUUGGCUGUGGGCUGGAGAGCACGCGCAUGUGAGCCACAUUCACGGAGUCACAGCUGUCGAUCGCUUCCAGAAAUUGCUCUUUGAUUAGCUCUUAAGUCUCUCUAACCAAGUCACAAGUCACUUCUUCUAUCGUUCUCUAUCUACUAUAAAUAUUCAUGUUAGUUAGUCGACUGUUCUGUUAUUUCAAUUAGCUAGUGGGCGUGGCAGUCGUAUAACAGUAGUGCCCCCGAACUCCCAAAG